AUGAAUGCCUGGAGCGUGGAAAGAGCUUUGCUUCGAGUUCACACCUUACUCAACAUCAGCGUAUCCACAUGCGGAAAGAGCUUUGCUUCGAGUUGGUCCCUUACUGUACAUCAACAUAUCCACACUGGGGAGAAACCAUAUAAAUGCUUGGAGUGUGGAAAGAGCUUUGCUUCGCGUGGGCUUCUUACAUACCAUCAACAUAUCCACACAGGAAAGAAACCAUAUAAAUGCUUGGAGUGUGGAAAGAGCUUUGCUUCAAGUUCAUCCCUUACUGUACAUCGACGUGUCCACACUGGGGAGAAACCAUAUAAAUGCUUGGAGUGUGGAAAGAGCUUUGCUUCAAGAUCAUAUCUUGCUUACCAUCACCAUAUCCACACUGGGGAGAAACCAUAUAAAUGCUUGGAGUGUGGAAAGAGCUUUGCUGCGAAAUCGCACCUUACUCAACAUCAGCGUAUCCACAGUGGGGAGAAACCAUAUAAAUGCUUGGAGUGUGGAAAGAGCUUUGCUUCAAGUUCAGAACUUACUAGACAUCGCCGUAUCCACACUGGGGAGAAACCAUAUAAAUGCUUGGAUUGUGGAAAGAGCUUUACUCAGAAGAUACAUCUUACUUAUCAUCAAAAUAAACUUGCGGGGGAGAAACCAUAUAAAUGCUUGGAGUGUGGAAAGAGCUUUGCUGAGAGUUCGUCCCUUACUGUACAUCGACGUAUCCACACUGGGGAGAAACCAUAUAAAUGCUUGGAGUGUGGAAAGAGCUUUGCUUCAAAUUCGCACCUUACUCAACAUCAGCGUAUCCACAGUGGGGAGAAACCAUAUAAAUGCUUGGAGUGUGGAAAGAGUUUUGCUUCGAGUGGGCUUCUUACGUACCAUCAACAUAUCCACACUGGGGAGAAACCAUAUAAAUGCUUGGAGUGUGGAAAGAGCUUUGCUUUGAAUUCGCACUUUACUCAACAUCAGCGUAUCCACACUGGGGAGAAACCAUAUAAAUGCCUGGAGUGUGGAAAGAGCUUUGCUUCAAGUUCACAUCUUACUAGACAUCGCCGUAUCCACACUGGGGAGAAACCAUAUAAAUGCUUGGAUUGUGGAAAGAGCUUUACUCAGAAGAUACAUCUUACUUAUCAUCAAAAUAAACUUGCGGGGGAGAAACCAUAUAAAUGCUUGGAGUGUGGAAAGAGCUUUGCUGAGAGUUCGUCCCUUACUGUACAUCGACGUAUCCACACUGGGGAGAAACCAUAUAAAUGCCUGGAGUGUGGAAAGAGCUUUGCUUCGAGUUCACGUCUUAUUAGACAUCGACGUAUCCACACUGGGGAGAAAAGCCCUGGAGGGUUCGCCUGCGUCUCGAGUACGGGUUCCUCGCUUGGAAUCCUGGAGGACUUAAGCCACUGGGCCCUCCGAUUGGGAACAUCUACCAUCCCUGACGACCCUACUCUACUGCGUGAUGUGCUCAUCGAAGCAGUACGGACUGAUGCCGAAAUCAACCGCCUAGUGGAACUUGUUCUGGUUCAGUGGCGCUGUCUUGCUGAAGUGAGGCCCUGGACGUCCGAGGACACAAAUCGCAGCGCCUAUCACAAACUCCUGGCCCUGGACUGGCUAUUGGACGAAGUGCAUGUAGCACAAGAGGACUUGGCAACCUUGACUCGCUUGUUAGCGAGAUAG